ACAAAGAAAUAUUUCUCAACACUUCUGAAAGAAAAAAAAUUAAUUCCAUUUCAUCGCAAUUUAAGUGACUUCUCCUGUUUUCAAGAAUUAGAAACAAAAUAUAACUUUAGGCCUAUGUCUCUUGAAAACUCUCGAUAGUUUUAGAUUAGUCAAAAGGACAGUAAAAUGACGAAUUAUAGUGAAUAAGAAUUUCUGCAGACAUUUUUAUGAUUCGAAGGUCUUUAAUUUAACAAAAAAAGAAAGAAAAAAUUGAUCGUAGGCUUUUAAAGGUUCUUUCAUUAAAAACAUCUGCAGGAGAUAAGAAAAAAUAAGUAAAAUGUGCGAUUCUGAUAUGGAAUAUUCGGACGAUGAUCUUGAUGAUCCGAUGGAUUAUUACGGUAAUGAGGAUGACAUUGAUAACGUUGACCCGAAGAAAACCGAUCCCGAAUAUUUCGUAUAUGAUUGUCUAACAGUUGAUGAAGUGGAAAAACUUUUAAAUGAAUCAGUUGAGAAAUUAAGUAACACUUUAAAAAUCACACCAUCACUUGCAAAAGUUCUCCUGCAUGAGCAUAAAUGGGAUACAAAUGGUAUCGUUGAGAAAUAUCGUGACAACGCUUCGAAUCUAUUAGUUAGUUCCCGAAUAAAGUCGGGAAAUGGAAAGAAAGUAGCAUAUGUGACAUUACUUUGUCCAGUUUGUAUACAAACUCAGCCAUUUGAUAAAUUUAGCAACUUGUCGUGCGCCCACUCAUUCUGCAAAAGCUGCUGGUCGAUGCAUUUCGAAAUCCAAAUAUCCCAAGGUAUUUCAACACAGAUACGUUGCAUGGCUGCUGGAUGUGAAGUUCUUGUUCCAGAAGAUCUCGUUUUGACUUUAGUGUCACGUCCACAAGUCCGUGAUAAAUAUCAACAAUUCGCUUUUCAAGAUUAUGUUAAAUCGCAUCCUGAGUUAAGAUUCUGUCCCGGAACUAAUUGUCAAGUAAUCAUAAGAAGUCCGGAUUUUAGUGCUAAGAAAUCUACUUGUAAAAUGUGUACGACAUCAUUUUGCUUCCGAUGUGGUAAUGAUUAUCAUGCCCCAACUGAUUGCGUUACAAUUAAAAAAUGGCUCACGAAAUGUGCUGAUGACAGUGAAACCGCAAAUUAUAUCUCAGCAAACACGAAAGACUGUCCUAAAUGUAAUAUUUGCAUAGAGAAAAAUGGUGGAUGUAAUCAUAUGCAAUGUUUUAAUUGUAAACAUGACUUUUGCUGGAUGUGUUUGGGUGACUGGAAAAGUCACGGAAGUGAAUACUACGAAUGUUCAAGAUACAAAGAGAAUCCAAACAUCGCUAAUGAAUCUGUACAUGCUCAGGCUCGGGAAGCACUCAAAAAGUAUCUUCACUACUACGAACGAUGGGAAAAUCAUUCCAAGUCUCUUCAACUUGAACAACAAACAUUGGAUCGUCUUAAAACUCGAAUUAAUGAGAAAGUGAUGAAAGGAUUAAAUUCUUCAACUUGGAUCGAUUGGCAAUAUUUAUUCGUUGCUGCUUCACUUCUCGCCAAAUGUCGUUACACAUUACAAUAUACUUAUCCAUACGCUUAUUACAUGGAAGCAUCAUCACGUAAAGAUCUAUUUGAAUAUCAACAAGCUCAACUUGAAGCCGAAAUAGAAAAUUUAUCAUGGAAAAUUGAAAGAGUAGAAACUACAGAUCGUGAUCGAGGUGAUAUUGAAAAUCAAAUGGACAUCGCAGAAAAACGUCGAAUGACUUUGCUCAAAGAUUUCUUUCCCACCAAUUCCACCAGCAGCUUUUUCUCGUCCACAUGAAAAUAAUACAUCACCAGUUAGUCUUAAUUGAAGUUUAUUAUUUUUACUGUUUCGUCUUCUUAAAGUUUAAGAGAAAGAAGAUAAAAAAUUAUAUUUAGCACUCGACGAAACAAAUUUGUCUAUUUCAUUAUUUGUUUCCGUUAUCUAACUAAAUAUAAUUUAAUUCGUAUCUAUAAAUAUAAUUAACUUUUAUUCUUCAUAGAGUUUAGAUGUUACUUUUGAGAUAUUGUGUGAUUUUAAUUUUACGAGCAAUGCAGAUUCGAUGCAAUUCAAUUCAAAUUCUAAUAAACUAAUGAACAUUGAUGACUGUAAAUAUUUACAUAAACAACAUAAAUGGAUUUGACAAAAAAAAGAGCAUGUAGAAAAUUUAGUAUAAUUUAAUUUCUUUUAUUCCUUAGUUUUCAUCAGUAAUUGCAUCAUUUGAGACUUUAUUACAUUCAUCAUCAUACAUUACAAUUUAAAUUGUUACAAAGCAAAAGUCUCAUCGAGUGAUUUUAAUGUUAAAAUGCAUUGCUGUGUGAAAAGAUGGCAUUACUUAGUUUCUAUAAUAAAAAUAAAUUGUCACUAAAAUAUAAAAUCAUAAUUUUGUUGUUUCGAUUUCUUCAUUGAUCCAAGAUACGAUUUCUCUUGUUAGCCGUGUGAAUACUGUUGGCGAUCCUUUUUCACAAUUCUUAGAUCCAAACGAUGAUAAACCGAUUUGAAUAGUUUUGUUACUUCGAAAGAUCGUCAAAGGUCCACCUGAAUCUCCACGACAAUUUCCAGAAUUAGUUUCAACUGUUGACAAACAAACAUGAUUUUCAGAAGGAAUUAAACCAAUUUCAAAUGAUUUUCCACAUUCUUUAUUUUGCAUCACACGAUUUUGUGUGAAUCUUAACAGAUUUGAUGAUCCACAUGUAUCACAAUAUUGACCAUAACCGGAAACUGUUCCAAUUUCCCCCGCAAAUGAUUCAUCCAAGAGAUAACCAGAUGGCAACUUAACAGAUUGAAUAGCAUUUGAAAAUUUCAGAGGUUCAGGUAAGAAAAUUAAUGCAACGUCAAGAUAAGCAACGUGAAUGUUAAAUUGUGGGUGAACUUUAAAGCUUGAUGAAUCAACAUAAUGACGAACAACAUCUGUCUCAUUAGAAAGCAAAUCAUUUGUACCAAUGAUGAUGACACCACCAUCAGCAUUCUUAAGACAAUGACCUGCAGUUAAAACAACUUUCAUAUCAACUAUCGAUCCACCGCACAAUGUGAUAGUUUUUGAUUUCGUUUUGACUAAAAUUGCGACCUGAUAAGGAAAGGAAUGUGGAUCUGCAAUUUGACCACCGACAAUUUUCUCUCUUGCAAACGAUACAUUUGAUUUCAUCA